CAUCAUUUACUACACAAACAAAUCAGUGUUCUGUAAUGAACUCUGCGGCUCUUACGGUUUUCCUCUGGAAAUAACUCAUUUCUCCUGUUUUUAUAUCGCUUCGUUGUAGUUUAUUAGAAACAUUUCUUUUCUAGUAGCUCACAGGAAGCGUGUUUUUUUUUAAAUUAAUUUAUUUAUUUAUUAAAUGAAACUCUGCAUGUUUCCUGGCAAAGCCCUUGCUAGUUGGCUGCUAGCGCGCUGCUGCUAUCCGUCUGGAAACCCCUGCUGUGCUGCCAGGACUCACUCCAUAGCUCGCCUUCCUCAUUAACCACAAGGGUUUUGUUGUUUAAACGGAUUAUUCUGUGUCUUCACCUGACUUAACAGCUUUGGUGAGCAGUGCUAUGGCUUGUGUACCUCCUCUGUGAGAAGCGUCCAUGUCCGAAAGGCUUAUUGUAGGAGACGUAUGAAAUCACACGUCAACGUUAUUAGGACGCAACCCGAGGCCUGAUGUUGCUCUGACAUCUGAAAUAAUGAUGCCUAUGAUUCUGAGUGUGUAUUUGAGUGAUGGUGAGCAGGCUCUGACGGAGGUGCCCAUCACUCCAGAGACAACUUGUCGUGACGUGGUGGAGUUCUGCAAGGAGCCAGGCGAGAGCGGCUGCCACCUGGCUGAAGUGUGGCGUGGCAACGAACGAGCAAUUCCCUUUGACCACAUGAUGUACGAGCACCUGCAGAAGUGGGGCCCCAGGAAACAGGAAGUGAAGUUCUUCUUGCGCCACGAGGACUCUCCCACAGAGAGCAGUGAACCAGGGAGUCAACAGUCUCAGGAGCAGGCUAACCGAAGGAUUGGAAGUGGCUCUGAUAAGCACAAUGAAAAUGGGGUGGCAAAUUCUCGCGUAGAGCUCACACUCUCCGAGUUGCAGGAGAUGGCCACACGGCAGCAGCAGCAGAUCGAGGCCCAACAGCAGAUCCUCGUCGCUAAGGAGCAACGGUUGCGGUAUCUGAAGCAGCAGGAGCGGAGGCAGCAGCAGUCCGUAUCUGAAACAGAGAAGCUGCAGAGGCUGAAAGAAAGAGUGGACAGUCAGGAAGCCAAACUCAAAAAGAUUCGUGCCAUGAGGGGCCAAGUUGACUACAGCAAGGUCAUCAAUGGCAACCUGUCUGCAGAGAUCGAGCACAUCAGUGGACUGUUCCACGAGAAGCAGGCAGAGCUUCAAGCUGCUGUGCUCAGGGUAGACCAGCUGAGUCAGCAGCUGGAAGAGUUGCGCAGAGGCAGACUUAACGGCCUGCAGGGCCUUGGGGGUCAUGUCACCGGCACUGCUGCACUGGAGCUCCGCAAGCUUUACCAAGAACUACAGAUCCGUAACAAGCUGAACCAGGAGCAGAACAGUAAGCUACAGCAGCAGAAGGAGCUGCUGAACAAGCGCAAUAUGGAGGUGACGCUGAUGGACAAGCGCAUCAGUGAGCUCCGUGAUCGCCUCUAUAAGAAAAAAGCUGAGGCACGUCAAAAAGAGAACUUGCCUCUUAACCAUGCAAAUGGACCUCCUUCACCCCAGCCAACGGGAGGCAAUACAGGCCGUGUGGCAGCAGUAGGGCCUUAUAUCCAGGUCCCGGUGCCAUCACGCCAAGACACCAACUACGUAGUUCCACCAGAUCCUCUUAAACCUCAGACACUGGGCAUGAACACUACAGCUAACCAUGCUCGCUCUAAAUCAGAUGGAGUGAGAAAGCCUCCAGGCCCGUGGAAGGUCUCUGAUUUAGACAUCAUAGUGGACCCGUUCCCACCGUCUCCUCCGGAGUCUGGCUCGGGCCCCGGGGUCUCCAGUACCUCCUGUUCUACAGAGGGGUCAGAUGGAGUGUCUUCUAAUGAUGCAGGGUGGCCCACCCUCAGCAAAGGCAGCGCAUCUCUGAAGCCUUCAGACUGGAAAGAUUCAGUAGGAGACAUUCCCAGCAAAACAGCGUCUCCUGCUGGCACCCCAUCAGAAAAGGUUCAGGACAUAAGUAAACUGGGCCCAGCUCCACCUCCUCCCUGUAAGCCCCAGCCUCCUCCUUACGGCACCCACACCAGAGCCCACCCACUUUCGUCAAUCAAUUCUGGCUCGACUGGCUCCCUGGACCGGCGUAAAGAUGUGCCACUGUGUUCUGUUCCAACGCACUCAAACAUCCCUCCUAACCCCAGUGCUCCACCUCCAACUGUCUGGCCACGAGGUGGCUCCUCCACUGGCUCCUCUUCACAGCAGAUUCAGCAGCGCAUCUCGGUGCCUCCCAGUCCCACCUUCCAGCCCAGCUCUCCACUUUUCCCCCCAGGAGAGAGGACUGACCCCCCUCUGGCCGUGGCCGUGCGACCCUUUAUCCCAGACAGGGGUUCCAGACCACAGUCACCUAGGAAAGGACCACCCACUAUGAACUCAAGUUCCAUUUAUCACAUGUACCUACAGCAGGGGGUGCCCAAGAAUUACCCUCUUGGGAAGUCUUCUGUCAAAGCCGUUUAUGGAAAGCCACUCUUGCCCUCCAGCUCUACUCCUACCUCUCCCCUGCCUUUCCCGGGCUCUGGGUCUUUCCCUAUGCUACCAGUCCCUCUAGCCGAUGUGGUAGAUGGAGAUCUGGAAAUUGAAGGCCAGGCAGCUGGUUUCCCAGAAUCCCCUGUACCCAUCGUGGACCACAUUCCUCGUCCACUCAGUCCCACCAAGCUUACACCCAUGGUUCACUCGCCCAUGCGUUUCCAGAGUGAUGCUGAGCUCGAGGCCCUGCGCAGGAAGCUGGCCAAUGCACCACGGCCACUCAAAAAGCGCAGUUCCAUCACAGAGCCUGAAGGACCAAGUGGGCCAAACAUCCAGAAGCUCCUCUACCAGCGCUUCAACACUCUGGCUGGUGGAAUAGAAGGAGGCAUUGGAGGAGUGGGAGGAGGAAGUGGAGUCACUCCCUUCUACCAGCCUACAGGAACAACAGUGGGAGAGGCACUGGCUGAUGCAGAUAAUGGGAAUGCAUCUUCUGAAACACCAGCUUUGACUCUCGUGAGCACAGAGGAAGUGCCCUCGCAAGACUUAAACCAAGGUGAUGCCAAUGAUAACCAGCCAGUGCAACCAGCAAGUGAAACAGAAGUCUCAACAGCACUGGAGCCGACAACAGCCUCGGAAGACGACAACAAUAACAUCCCGGCAGAACCUGUGGCCACUCUACCUAGCCCUGUUCCUGAAGCCAGCUCACCACAGGAGGCAGGAAGCUCGCCAGCCGCUCCAAUUACGGAGAAGCGUACUAAUCUAAAGAAACCUGACUCGGAGAGGACAGGCCAUGGUUUCAGAGUGAAGUUUAAUCCAUUGGCCCUGCUGCUGGAUGCCUCACUUGAGGGCGAGUUUGACCUGGUGCAGCGGAUCAUCUAUGAGGUGGAGAACCCCAGCACCCCGAACGAUGAGGGCAUCACACCCUUACACAAUUCUGUGUGUGCCGGACACCACCACAUUGUCAAGUUCCUGCUUGACUUUGGAGUUAAUGUCAAUGCAGCAGACAGUGAUGGCUGGACACCCCUGCACUGUGCUGCCUCCUGCAACAGCGUUCACCUCUGCAAGCUGCUGGUAGAGUCCGGCGCUGCUAUCUUUGCCACCACCAUCAGUGAUGUUGAAACAGCAGCAGACAAGUGUGAAGAAAUGGAGGAGGGUUAUAUUCAGUGCUCACAAUUCCUCUAUGGUGUGCAGGAGAAGCUGGGUGUGAUGAACAAAGGAGUUGUGUACACUUUGUGGGACUACGAGGCUCAAAAUGCAGACGAGCUGUCGUUCCAGGAGGGAGAUGCCAUCACCAUCCUGCGCAGGAAAGAUGAUACAGAGACAGAUUGGUGGUGGGCCAAACUUAAUGACAAGGAAGGCUACGUACCUCGUAACCUGCUUGGGUUGUACCCCAGAAUAAAACCACGUCAGAGAUCCUUGGCAUAGCUGACUGCCCCUUUCCCAUCUGACUGACUGGACUGAUAUCUGGGGGUCUUAGGACCUCCAUUUUCACCCCUCAAUCUUUGCUGAUGCAGUUCCUGCAGGGUUAACGCUGCUAAACCAGGCCUUCCCAUUUGGGGCACAUCAGAGACACACAAACAAAAACAGGUUAAACAAGAAGCCUCAGGUCCUAAGGUCUGCCCCAUUACUCCAAUAGCGAUCAUCAUUUCCUCACUUCCCUCUACCCUUCAAGAUUCGGAUUCUACCAGUCUUCUAUGACGUGUCUCAUAGUUGCUACACACUUCGUCACCUCUAUCAAGGCACUAUUUACUUGAGAUUAUAGCUUUUGUUUUAUAACAUUGUUUCAGCUUGUGUUUUUAUCUGGAGCUUUUUACUGCUAUUAUUUUAUUGACCGUACGCUGGCACAGCGCUCAGUCAGAGCACAGCUGCUUUUGCUUCCUACCAGCUUUUAUUCAACAAGCGAGUCUUUACAAUGAAGAUGGAAUUUCUUCAGGUUUAAGGGUUACGUUGAUUUACACUAUAUUUAUGAGUUAAGAACAAAAGAAUGCCGUCUGAGUGAAUGAAUUUCAUAGUGUAUAAAAAUGAGCAGUGAAAGUGAAAUGUAUGAUAAGGUGUGUGAGAAAAGAAACGGUUACAUGGCUUAUAUGAAAGAGCAAAUGCUUUAAAAUGUUGUUUCCAACAUAUUGCAGAAUAUCUGAUUAAUACAUGUACAUUUAAGCAACGGUAUUUGCACGUCAGAUACAGUGUUAUCUGUAUGAAUGGUGAGUUUCCUUUACCAUGAGUGAUGAGAGCAUAAAAUAAGGUAGGUAUGGAUGGGCUAUUGAGAGACCUUUUAUGAUGCACAGAGCAUCAGAUUUGUUUUAAAGAUGUCCUAUGGAGAUAGCAUAAGCAUAUGAACAUGUGAAUGGAAUGAUAGUGUGUGAGUGCAAGAAACCAAACCGGUGUUGCAGUACCAUUAACAGUAAUUGGCACUACAGAAUAAACGUUGCUAUGAUUUUAGUAGGAUAAGGUUUUACCCAAAGGCACUAAGAUGGUUUGAAUCGUCUUAGUUUUUCUCUGCUAGCAGAUCAAAAGGUCUGAACUGAAUGCAUUACGUUGUUUUACACUGUAUUAAAAAAAAAAAAUGGAAUUACAUUGUGCCACUCCAUUUCCCUUCCACUCCUCUUGAAAGUUCUGUGAGUUGAUCUUUCUGCCCCGCCUCUGAAGCAGUAAUGAGCUUUAAACUUAGAGUUCACCUGUAAAUACUGUUAAGAAGCUCUAAAAUGAUUUGUGCUAUGUUCAGUACUUGCUUGUGCUGACUUCUGUAUGCCAUACAGAUAUGAACACUCGCACCUUCUGUUCUCUACAUGUGCACAAAUUAAAAUUAAACAAAUCAAAGUA